UUAUUGUAUAUUAAAUUACACGAGCGAGGAAUUAUGAAAGUUAAGAAAAAUUUUAUGUAACCAACAUGAACGUACAAGACGAGAUAAGUGAAACUUUUGAAAUAUCUCUGAAAAGUCAAUCCGAAAUGCAAUCAUGCAAAGUAGACGAAUCAGAAAGCAGGCCAAACAUUGCAUUAAACAGGAUCGGACUGGAAUUGGACAAAGCGGAGACAAAAUGCUUCACGUUAAAAUCAGAGUUAAAUUGUAUGAUGGAUGUUUGUCGGAAAGCUCAAACGGAAAAAAAAAGAAAUAAAGAAGUUUCUGACAUUUCGUCAAUAAUGUCAUUAGAUAAUUUAGAUUCAAAGUCUUUAUUUGAACAUAAUGACUAUAACAGCAACAUUAUGGAUGCUAAUAGAACUACAAACUGUAACAUCCAUCAAAGGAUUAAUAAUAUUGAAUUAAAGACUGAAGAAAAUUUUGAUGCAUUCAAUUUGAGUCCAAAGUCUGCACAAUUUUCAUCUAGAAAAAGCAUCAACGAUGAUGACAUUAUUGAGAGAUCAGAGAGCUUAAUGGAAGGAAAUCAGAAAAGAUUAUUGAAUGUUACAGUUACACCAAGAACUCAAUUAAAUAAAAGACUUUCUCAUUUUAUAACAAUACCAACCCAGAACAUCGAAGAAGACGCGGGUAAAGAAUAUGAAAGCUAUUACUUUCCGUCGAAUAUGUCCCUCGAGAGAAUGACAUUGAGAGCGGACGACGAGGAUUAUCUCCGCGCAAUACCGUACUCUGUGAGGCCAGGUGUCGAAAAAGUUGAAGGUGCCAUAAAUCCAGGAUUGAAUUCGAACACGUCGAAUGCCACAAAAGCCAGACGAUUGAUUAAAAGUAGAUCGAGAACAGGGAGAAGCGAAAAGAACUCCGUGUGCAGGGUGGACAGCGCGUUGCCUAAAGCGCGAAAGAGGAAGACGAAGUUACGAAGUUCCAUUUCCAAGAGCACAGUUACUACCAGAGACACGGGUUUUAUUGGUAGAAAAGAAGCGAAGAGGCGCCGGCAUAAAGGUCUUGUCGUUAAUCAUCAACCUCUCAUCAGUCGCUCAUCAAACGCUCCUCAACCAAUCCAUCAAUCAUUGUCUAAUCAACCAAAGCAUGUGAAAAAGUCUAAUGAUGUCGUGGAAAUUUUUCAUAAUACUAAAUUAAAGAAUAACAAUUUUGGGGUGUCUAGUAAGCACUCUAAAGAUGAUGGAGCUAAGUACGAAAAAAAACCGCAUCUUUCUGAGAACAAGGAAAAUCUGAAGAAGAUUCAAGAGGCAGUGUUCAGUCCAAAAGAUAAACAUUCUGAAAAUGUCAAUCAGGAAUGUCAAUCCCAUGAUAAGAAAAAUAAACAGGAUCAUUGUCUUCAGUUAAAUUAUCAAAGCAACACAUUUUCAAAAAUAAAGCCUGAGAUCACGCAAAAAAAAGAACAAGAUAAAUCAGAAAAGCUGAUCCAUUCCAACAAUCUUAGUCCACCAGCACAGGAUGAAACGCAGCAGUGCAAGCGAGUUUUCAACAGAUACGAUGAUCCGUUAUUCACGCCCAACUACGAGAUGCCGACUUUAGCGUCGAAGUUAAAACGCUCGAGCAGAUCGUACUUCAGCAGAUUUAACUUCCGAAAUAUUCCAUUCGUGGUAGGAACUUCGGUGACUCCAAGUCACAAUCUCGGAUUGAAUAUUCAACAAGUAUUGAGCGUGAUGAAGACGAGACAGCCGAUAGCAAGCGAUGUCGCCCCGUUACUGAUCCGCAAAGUCAGCAGAGGCAUGAGGCCGAUAUCGGUUCUUCUGGACCAGAUGAACUACGAGGGAUCGGUCUCCAACGUAAGCUCGCAAAUGAUUGGAAUGCUUAAAUUUAACAGCAGAGAGAACCUCGGUCGAGAUAAAAGAUCGUCCGUGUUUAAUUUACACGUGGGAAAGACGCAAAGUGGCCGUAUGCCAAAGACGUUCGCGGAUGCAGAAAUUAUUUCUGAAAAAGAAAAUGAUGUAUCUAAACAGCUUUGCAAAGAGAAAGUUGAGUAUUGCAAUAAUAAGACUAAACAGCAAUCUUCUUCCACUGUGAGCAAAAGCAACACUUCGGCGAGUCCUAAAAUUCAGCAAGGAAUUUCGGGGAUAUCGUUAAAGGGUAAUAUCGGCGAUUAUAAAAUACGUAUUCCUGAUUCGCACAAUUCCAAGGAGAUACGUAACGUUCUAAUUAAUCUUCACGAUCAAUUUGAAGAGAUGAACACAAAAUAUGAAAGAUUGCAAUCAGAAGUGGACAAGUCUAACGAUAAAUCUUUAGCGAAGGAAUUGUCAGCUCUAGAGAAGGAACUCAAUGUCAAGGAAGAAGAAAUCAACGCCGUUAUCAGUCUCUAUAAAGAAGUAAUGACGCUGAAACAGCAAAUGAAGACGUUGCACGAAAGAAAUAGUCUGGUUUGCAUCGCGACCGAGUCAACCAAGGGAUCCAGCAAAGAUUCUUUUCCCAUGUCUAUUAUACCUGAAAAAUCGCAGAUUUUCGGUCGAAGAAAAAUUUUCAAUGCCACACGAGAGCCGCCCGCUUCUAUGCAGUUGGCUGCGUUAUUACGGCAGAUUCAAACUUUUCAUAAGCAAUUGCAGCUCGUGUCGUAACAUCACAUCGAGUCACGAUAAAAGAGCAAGAAAAUGGAAUAAAAUUGGAAUUAUUUUUA